UCAGUUUGAGCCAAAUUGCUGUUGCAAUAACACAUUGUCUCUUCGACGACAUCAAAAAAUUUCGUUAAAAAAACAUCCCAGAAAUGAGAUACUUUACACUUCUGGCGGCAGCCCUUGUGGUCUUGGCCUGUGCCUUGCCCAGAACCUAUGCUGGCAAUGAUUACCUCUGGGGCGAGAUCGGGGCCAAUGACUACAAGUUGGAAAAAACAACGGUUUCGAAGGCCUUUUUCGUGGGUCUGGUGCAGACCAAGAAGUACACCUUCAAGCAGUCGGACAAUUUAAAUGCCUUGACCAUAACGGCCAUCAAAGUCACGGACAAAAAGAAGCGCAAUGGUGCCACGGCGGAGCUAAUCAGCGGCGGUCCGGGCUCAAAGGGAGCCACUAUUAAGUUUACAUCGGUGCGUGGCGGUGGCAUCAAAGAUGUUGUCGAGAUAUGGGGCCGCUAAUCAAGUGAAAAACAUAUACUUUCACUUUCCCUUUCCCCCUAAAAUCGAAAAAGAUAAAAAAAAACAAAGAAAAGGUCUAGCUGGAAGUGUAUACAUACAUUAUUUUUUUUCCAACAAAAAUGUAAAACUUGGCUGGCCAAGAAAAAUA